AGGAUAUCCAUCAUAGGCGCCGGUAAGCCAGCCAUAUUUCAAUUCCACUCUGACUGAUUAUGACAGCGAAACUGGAGAGCUAACAAUCGGUCUCCUAAUCAGGCAUGGGCGGCCUCGCAUGCGCGCUCGCCUUCGGCAAGAAGGGCUUCAAGAACAUCAACGUAUACGAGAGCGCGGCGGACUUGGGGUUCGUCGGGGCAGGGAUUCAAAUCGCGCCGAACCUGGUGCGGGUGCUGGACCGGCUCGACUGCUGGAAGGGCUCCGUCAUCGAGCGAGACGCGACCAACGUCCAGUCGGCCAGCAUCCGCGACGGCGCCACCGACCAGGAGCUCGCCCAUGUCGACAUGCCUGACAUCGAGCAGAAGUACGGCUUCCCCCACUGCACGGGGCACCGCGCCUCCCUGGCCGGUGGGCUGUACGAUGCCUGCAAGAAAUUAGACAGCGUCAGGUUUAAUUUCGGCGUCACCUUUGCGGGCGUUGAAGAGUUCGGCCAGUCGGGAAAGGUCAAGUUCUCGCUCCAGCCGCGGCAGGGCGACCCAUACACGGUGGAAACCGAUAUCCUCCUCGGUGCCGACGGCAUCAAAUCCGCCACGCGCUACUCAAUGCUGAAAGCGCUCAAGCUCGACGCCGAAGUGGAAGACACAGGCCAAGCCGCCUACCGCAUCAUGCUAACGCGGGAAGAAAUGUCCCCUUAUCCCGACCUCCUCGCGCUCCUCGACGACAACGGUGUGAAGCGGUGGAUCGGCGAGAAGCGCCACAUCAUCGCGUAUCCCAUCAGCAGUCACAACAUCUACAAUCUGUCGACGUGCCAGCCCGACGAGAACUUCGCCUCGGCGCCCAGCGCUAUGUACACCACCAAAGGGAGCAAGGUUGUCAUGAAGCAGGUGUACGCCGACUUCGCGCCCAUUGUGCAGACCAUGCUAGACCUUGUCCCCGAGGGCGAGGUCUGCGAGUGGCGGCUGCGCAGCCACAAGGAGUUGCCUACCUGGACGCACGGCCGCGUCGCUCUGGUGGGGGAUGCGUGUCAUCCGACACUGCCGCAUCUGAACCAGGGCGCUGCUAUGGCUAUUGAGGACGGGGCCACGCUGGCUGAAGUGAUCACCCGUGUGCCCGGCGGGGGUUCCGACCCCGAGGCCGUGACCAAGGCGUUGAAGGUGUACGAGUUGUUGCGGAAACCCAGGACGACAACGCUGGUAGACCUGGCGGCGUUUUCGGGGAGGACGCUGCAUCUAGGUGAGGGCAAGGCGAAGGAGGAGCGCGAUAGGCAGUUUGCGGCAGCUAAGGAGAAGGGGCAGCCUGUGCCGGAUAAGUGGGCGAGUCCUGAUGUGCAGAAGAUGAUUUAUGAAUAUGAUUGCUUGAAGGACGCGGCUGAGAGAUUUGAUGAGUUGUAUGCGGGUCUUACAUAGCGGGUGGAUUGGGUUACUAGUGAAACAUUGUUGAUCACGAGGACUCAUACAGUUAUUAGUAUUCAAACGGUACUUUGACACAGUGUAU